AUGGCCUCUUACACACUCUACGACGCGUCCUUCGGCGUCAUCAAGGAUGCCCUCGACUCCCUGACCACCAUCCUCGACAAGGUCGCUGCCUCGCCCGUCGCUGACACCAUUGCCGACGCACGCAUCCACCCCGACAUGCUUCCCUUUUCUUUCCAGGUGCACACCCUCACCCAGUUCGGCCACAAGUGCCUGGCCCGCAUCUCUGACAAGUUCCCCCCCGAGACAUUCGCCAAGGAGGAGCUCACCACCAUUGACGCCAUGAAGGCGCGCAUCGCCAAGGUCCAGUCGCAGUUCGACCUCAUCACCAAGGAGUCCAUCAACAGCCGCGAGAACGAGACGGUGAAGUUGGGCAUGGGCCCCAACAAGCCAGAGGUCGACAUCAAGGCGUGGCAGUACGUGCAUGGCUUCGCCAUCCCCAACGUCUACUUCCAUCUCGUCACCGCGUACGACAUUGCGAGGAAGGAGGGUGUUGAUGUGGGCAAGCCUGACUACCAGUCCGCGUUCCUGAGCAAGUUCAUCAACUAG